AGCAUUAGUCAGUGUUGCGUGCGUGGAGUUCCACACAGAGAGAGAGAGAGAGAGAGAGAGAGAGAGAGAGAUAGCAGAAUGGAGAGAAGCGCCGUCUUGGCAGGGCUUCAGCCAAAUCAACUACUAAGCGCCUCCCGGCGCCACCCCUCCACUCCUCUCCCUUCCUUCCCCUUCGCCGACAAACCACGUUCCUCGCCGUCAUCUCUCAAGCUGCAGAAGCAGUUUCCUCUUGCUUCUCUUGGUGCUCUUCGAGCGGCUUCUCCCUCUAGGCUUGAUGCCGUUUUGUCUGAAACUUACAGUGAAACAACCGAAUUAGCUGACAUUGACUGGGACAGCCUUGGCUUUUCAUUUCUUCCUACUGAUUAUAUGUACACCAUGAAAUGUGCUCGAGGUGGUGAAUUCUCUAAAGGUGAAUUACAGCGUUUUGGGAACAUUGAAAUGAACCCAUCAGCUGGAGUCUUGAAUUAUGGGCAGGGAUUAUUUGAAGGCUUGAAAGCCUACAGGAAAGAAGAUGGUAAUAUUCUACUGUUUCGUCCCGAGGAAAAUGCAGUGCGGAUGAGGUCGGGUGCAGAGCGGAUGUGCAUGCCAUCACCAACAGUUGAACAGUUUGUGGAAGCUGUAAAGGCUACUGUUUUAGCAAACAGACGUUGGGUUCCACCUCCAGGUAAAGGUUCCUUAUACAUCAGGCCAUUGCUAAUGGGGAGUGGAGCUGUUCUUGGUCUUGCACCUGCUCCAGAGUAUACCUUUCUGAUUUAUGUCUCACCUGUUGGAAACUAUUUUAAGGAAGGUGUGGCACCAAUACAUCUGGUUGUUGAACAUGAACUGCACCGUGCAACUCCUGGUGGUACUGGAGGUGUAAAGACCAUUGGAAACUAUGCUGCAGUUCUGAAGGCGCAAUCUGCUGCAAAAGCCAAAGGCUACUCGGAUGUGCUAUACCUUGAUUGUGUCAACAAAAGAUAUCUGGAGGAGGUUUCCUCUUGCAACAUUUUUGUUGUAAAGGAUAAUGUUAUCUUCACACCUGCGAUAAAAGGGACUAUUCUACCUGGCAUUACUCGAAAGAGUAUAAUUGAUGUUGCUCGUAGCCAAGGGUUUCAGGUUGAGGAACGUCAUGUGGCAGUAGAUGAAUUGCUUGAUGCUGAUGAAGUUUUUUGUACGGGAACAGCUGUGGUUGUAUCACCUGUGGGCAGCAUCACUUAUAUGGGUAAAAGGGUGUCUUAUAGAGAUGGUGGUGUUGGUGUUGUGUCACAACAACUCUACUCUGUGCUUACCAGACUGCAGAUGGGACUUAUAGAAGACAAGAUGGAUUGGACUGUUGAACUAAGGUAGGUAUUUUCAAAUAAACAUAUCUAGUUUGUAACGUCUUUAGAGGCAAGAAAUUGUCAAGUUUGCUUUGGUAUCUAGUGAUCUUUAGAAGUUUUGCACGAUGGAGUUAUUUCUAAGUUAAUGUGUGUUCGUGACUACUGAAAGAGACCGAAAAUUUUUAUUCAUCCGAUUCGCUUA